AUGCAGACCAAUACAACAAACGAUGACGCCCAGGUGGUGCUGGAAGUUGAAGAUCUCAAAACCUAUUUUCAAACUCGCUGGGGAACGGUCAAAGCGGUUGACGGUGUCAGCUUCGAUCUGCGGCGCGGCGAAACCCUGGGCAUAGUGGGCGAAUCGGGUUCUGGCAAGUCGGUGGCCAUGCUGUCAUUGAUGCGCCUCAUCCCCACGCCACCCGGGCAAAUCGUGGGAGGCAAGAUACUCCUGGAAGGCGAAGACCUGCUGCAACUGUCCGAAAAGGAAAUGGGCAAUGUCAGGGGUAGUCAGAUAGCGCUGAUCAUUCAGGAUCCCAUGACCUCGCUGAACCCGGUUUUUACCAUUGGCAAUCAGGUGGGCGAGGCGAUCAAGAUUCACCAGGAAAUACCCAACAGCGGUGUAUUGCAGCGGGUAUUGGACGUCCUGCGGAGGGUCAACAUACCAGCUGCAGAAACUCGGGUUCGGGACUACCCUCACCAGAUGAGCGGCGGCAUGCGUCAGCGCGUGGUGGGGGCCAUCGGCAUUUCCUGCGAACCGAUGGUCCUGAUUGCGGACGAGCCGACGACUUCGCUGGAUGUGACCAUCCAGGCCCAAUACCUGAAGCUGCUGAAAGACCUGCAACAGGCGUCGAACAUCGCGCUCAUCUUCAUAACCCACGAUUUCGGCAUAGUAGCCAAAAUGUGCGACCGCGUGGCUGUGAUGUAUGCUGGCAAGAUUGUGGAAAUGGGAGAUGUGCGGGAGAUAUUCAACAACCCGUCCCAUCCCUAUACGGAGGCCCUGCUGGCUUCUGUUCCCAAACUGGAAGAGGACGAAACUAACCCGGAAGCCGAAGUAAUACUCGAAGCCCAGGAUCUGAAGAAAUAUUUUCCGGUUACCAAAGGCCUGUUGGUGUCUAAGGUGACGGGAUGGAUCAAGGCGGUGGAUGGCAUAUCAUUCCAGAUUCGCGCCGGAGAGACCUUGGGUGUCGUCGGUGAAUCGGGUUGCGGCAAGAGCACCACUGCCAAGAUGCUGCUGAUGCUUGAGGAGCCCACCGAAGGUAUCAUCAGGUUCCAGGGCAGAGACGUCCACAACGCCACCCACGCGGAGCGCCGGGAAUACCGGAGUUCGGUGCAGGCAGUUUUUCAGGACCCCUGGAGUUCGCUGAAUCCCAGAAUGCGCGUCAGGGACGUGAUCGCCGAACCCAUGAUCAUUAAUCUCAACAUGAGCCGGCGAGACGUACAGGACCGAGUCGCCAAGUUGCUGAAUGACGUGGGGUUGAGUAGCUACCAUGCCAACCUGUAUCCGCACGAAUUCAGCGGUGGACAGCGGCAGCGGCUCGCAAUUGCGAGGGCGUUGUCGGUGGAACCCAAGUUGAUAGUACUGGACGAGCCGGUUUCGGCGCUGGACGUGUCAAUCAGGGCCCAGAUCAUGAACCUGCUGAAGGACUUGCAGCACGAGUAUCAAGUUAGCUAUAUGCUCAUAGCGCACGACCUGGCGACGGUGCGGUAUAUGUGCGAUUGGGUCGCCGUGAUGUAUUUGGGGCAGAUUGUGGAGUUCGCACCCAAGACGCAGUUAUUCAAUAACGCGUCGCACCCUUACACCAAGGCCCUGAUGAGCGCAGCCCUGCCGUCUCAUCCGGAUAUUCAGAAGGAAGAGAUGAUAUUGACGGGGGAGGUACCUUCUCCGUUGAACCCUCCCGAGGGAUGCCGCUUCCAUCCGAGAUGCCCGGUCGUGAUGGAGCGCUGUUCCCACGAAGUGCCGCAGUUAAGGGAAAUGUCCCCGGGCCAUGCAGUCUACUGCCACCUGUACUAA